CUUCACACCAAUCCAUCUGCUCGCGUGAAAAACACGAAUUGCCCCUUCCAGCUGAAGAUGAAGAUAGGCACUCAGGCAUGCGGUUCCAUCGAGAUCGAGUGGGAACACAACCAUUCUGUGGCAACACUUGAGGCCUCCAAUUUCAGCAGUCUUUCCCAGGAGUGCACAGAAAAGGUCUUGCAAUUGUUUGAAAAAGGACACACCCCAGCAAUGGCCAGACAGCAGUAUUUGAAGGACCUAAAGGAUUCAUGUGAGGAUGAACUGGAUUUCCACAGAAAAAAAGCCAAUCGAGCAAUUAUGCCAAGGAGAAGGGAUUUCAGUUACCUUUACUCUCAGUUUGGCAAGGACAGGUAUGGUGGGCAAGGGGUUCUGAUGUAUGAGAGACUCGCUGAGAAACUAGUUCAGUACCAGGCUGAAAACCCAGAAGCUACAACUCGUCAUCAAAUAUAUGAGGGUGUUGGUAAGCCUCUCAUAAUUGCCAUUGUAACACCUCUGAUGAAUCGUGUGCACAAGGAAGUACAGCAGUCUGGUGAAUUGGUUUUUGUGGAUGCGACUUCCAACACAGAAGAGCACAAUCUGAAAGUGUUUUUAAUGUGCACACACAGUGUAUCUGGAGCACUACCACUUGGUAUCUUCAUCACUAGUGAUGAGCAAGAAAGCACACUUAAACAGGGUUUUGAAAUGCUUCGCUCCUGUUUACCUCAGCAUGCGUUCAAUGGCCGUGGCCCAGAACAAGGACCCCAAGUCAUCCUCACAGACAACUGCAAAGAAGAAAGAAAUGCACUGAAGUCUGUUUGGCCAUCUUGUGUUUUACUCCUUUGCAUCUUUCACAUGCUCCAGCAGGUCUGGAGAUGGCUUCAUGAGGGUAGCCAUAAUAUCAACCAAUCAGACAGGCCCCAUAUCCUAAACCUUUUUAAGAAGUCCCUAUAUGCCCAAACAAAGCAAGAAUUCGACAACUGUUUCAGUGCACUUUUGAAUGAUGACCAAUGCAAACGAUACCCAAAUCUACUGAGUUAUCUACACAAUCUGUUCAAAGACAAAGAAGCUUUUGCUCUAUGCUUCAGAACAGAACUACCUGUUAGAGGCAAUCACACGAAUAACUUUGCAGAGGCCCAGUUUCUGGUUUUGAAGGAUGUGAUUCUACGUCGUACAAAAGAGUACAAUGUUGUUGGGCUACUGGACAAGCUGACAAUUGAUCUGGAAGACCAUUACAAGAAUAAGCUGCUCAGUAUUGCUGAUGGAAGUUAUGAUGGUCUAUACAGGCACCGAUUCAUGGGGAAAGGAAAGGAUGGAAGCACAGGCUUCAAAGUUCCAGAUAAAAAACAGCUGGAUACCUAUCUCUCCACUGUGAGAGACUUUGGCAACAACAUCUUCAAAGUUGGAAGCGCUUCAGAUACCAGUCAAAGUUACACCGUGGACAUGAGUCUUGGAGUGUGUAGCUGCCAGACUGGUAAAGAUGGGACCCCAUGCAAACACCAGUAUGUACUGUGGAUGGCAAAUGUAGCACACUGUAUUAAUUUCAUCCCCGUUACCAACCCAGAAAGUAGACAAAAAUUGGCAUGGAUAGCAUUAGGGAAAACACUUCCUGUUGAUAGUUACAAUGCCUUACGCUCUUGUGAUGUGGGUGGUCAGAAAGAGCUUGCACAAGGCGACGGUCUUCCCAGCGAGGCAUCCACUAUCAUGGGAACAACACACUGCUCAACUCCUGUGGAGAUAGAAAACCCUGACUCUCCAGCUGAUGUUAUUGAAACCGCAGAACAUUUGUUGCAAACCAGCUGUAUGCAGAUACUCCAAAAGCUUCAAACCACCAGAGAUCUUAAUUUGGCAAAAGGGAUAGUUAAAUUUUCAAAAAGAGUAGAAUCCCUAAGCUCUGCAAGAGCUAUGCAAUCCAAUUUGGUGAGUGCUCUUUAUAAUUUUGGGGCUAGCGAGAUCAAGAAAACAGGAAUGGGCAAGAAAAUCAAGGUCCAACCAAACAGAAAAAGGAAGACUGGGAAUGGGAGUCGUCAAGCGGUACCCAAAGGACGGCCAGUGCAGCUACAUGAGCCCAAAAGAAAACGCACACACACAUUUACUACAGCAGUGCAGUCAAAUACCAACACUAGUAAGAAGUCUGGGACCCAUACCAUGCAAUCAAAGACAAAGCAUUUAAGAAGAAAGAAAUAA